AUGCUUAAAGAUCCACCUAAAUUUGUAACUCGAGUCGUUGAGGUGGUGAUUAUUUGUUUCAAUUCUUGCAAUGACCAGCUCAGACACGUAUUUGACUACGGAAAAGCUUCUCGUCUUGUCGAUGAGGUUAAGAAUAACUCUACUCUACCACUACCUCGAAAUUAUAGACGUCUUCAUGAGUCAUUCCAGUCAUGUGAUAGAGUGGGUGGUUAUUUCAGUGUUCAGUGCUUUGCCGAGAUCCAAAUGAACGUUGAGAAGAACACAAAAAUAACGUUUUCUCGAAAGCAGUUGGCGCAAAUCAUUCACGUUUAUCCUGCUUCGUACGAUAUUAAAGUAGAGAAGAAAUGGAAAUCAAAAUCUCGAGGAAAAUUUGAGCUGGUUAUGGCAGCUAAUCUUAUAAAUGAUUUAACGGAUUAUAUGCUACCCGAUACUCCAUCGAAAACGGAUGAUCAACCUCUGCCUAAAGUUAUCCCGGUGAAAUUGCUUUCUCCACGAAAGAAAAUUGUAACAGCGGUACCUAGAGAACCAGUCAUUGACAGCCGCCCACGCCUUGAGGGUUGGCGUAUGACUUGUCGGAGUCAUGUAUUCAAGCAUAAACUUGUUGAAAUUGUGAAGAAGUUCCAUCAGAAGUUCCUUGAACGUUAUUUUUUCAAAUUUUCAAUGUUGCUCCUGAAUGAAUCUGAACUUUCCCGGUUGCGGCGUUUUCAUCCCAAAUUUGAUUUAGACCAAGAAUGUGAGGAGAUAAUGGAAGUGGGUAAUUCCCUACAAAGUUUUUUUGGAAUGUUGAAAGUGUUUUUGUUACAGACUGCCAUUGAAGGCCUUAAGAGUCCUUUGAAAAAAUUAGUUAGUUCUUGUUGCGCUACACCCCUUUCUCCUCGAAAGUUCGCAGAACAACAAUCACUGAAACCAAAAGGAGCGUUGUCUUUGCUUGAAAGGGUGAGUAGAACCUGUUCUUACGGUAGUUUAUUCAUGUAUAUAUGCCUGUACUUCGUUUUAGAUCCUUUAAUUCUUCUUUUUACUGCAUCUUCAUUCAUUUUAUUCUGUUUAGCACUGAUACUGGAGCAUAUUUCUGCUCUGUGUGAAACGGCACCUGAAUAUUUUACCAUCACUGAAAUAGGCGGUAAAAGAUAUCUGCAAUUGAAGCAGAACAAUUACGUAGCCAUAGAGAAAUUGCUUCAAGAGGAGGUGGCACGUCUUCGAGGGACUGGCUCAUCGUUGCCAACUGCAAACAUGUUAGCUGUGUCUAGCACUGCGACGAUGAGUCCUACUAAGAAAUCAGCCGUCAGAGCUCUCUUUUAG